AUGGACGGACGAUUUAACCCGGACGCAGAGUCGGAGGUGUCUGUGGGCGGGAUUGUGCUUCCAGAGCGCAACGCGAACGUCAACGAUGUGGUCGUUUCGACUCUGCAAGCCGAGGAGGAGGUGGACAUCGACGAGAUGGCCGGGCUCAAGUACCGCGAGCUGCGGGAGGAUCCACGGGUGCGAAAGCUGAUGCAGUGGGAGACGGAUCUCAAGGUCGAGCUCGUGGAGGAGGAGAACGACUUUUCGGUCAAGCGGCUCAUCUCCGAGUCGUAUGUGGCGCAGGGCCUGCGGAUUACACUUCUUGCUCUGCUCUUUAUUGUGGCUGCGCCGUUUGUGUGGAUCGGACUGGUGUGCUACUCCCCAUUUGCUUUCAUCUCGUUCCGCAACAGGCACAACGGCGGCGAGCUGGGCAUCUUCUACCUGGUGCUCCUGCUGUUUGUGCCGAUUCCUAUCCUUGCGGCGCUCAACGUUACACUUGCGCUCUCGAUCGAUACGGCGGUGUCCACGACCGAGACGGUGGCGCCGGUCAUCUUCUACGCCACCAUCGCAGUGUCUGCAGGCCUGCUGUAUGGAGCCAACGCGCGGUACGAGGCGAUUCACUUUGAGGCCGACGAGGAGGAGGGCCGCAACGAGUCGUCGUACUUUGACGAUUACUCGUCGUCGUCGUCGACGUCGGACGACGACUCGAUCAAAACACUCACGCCCAAGCAACAAAAGCAGCGUGUGCUCAACUCGCUGACGCUUGAGCGGCAGAAAGAGGUCAACACAAUGGUGGUGACGCGUCUUGUUGAGCUCCUCGAGUCCAAGGCGCACUUUCUCAACCAGUCGUCGUUUGCCGUGACCACGCUCGCGCUCGCUGUUCUCGGCGCCACUAUCCAGGCUUUCCUCGGCCCGAUCUUCCGGGCGAUUAUCGACGACGGGCGCGGCUUCUGGGGCUCUCACGGCACGCCGCACGCUGCCGAUGUUGUCAUUGUCCUCUCGACUAUGUACUGCUCGUUUGUGGUCGGCUUUGUCUUUAUCGUGUGCAUGGUGGUCAUCUCGGCCGAUCUGUGGCAAGACGUCAACCUCGCCACGCACUUUUUCGACAUUGUCUCCGAGAACAACCAUCUUCUUCAAAAGCGAAUCAACAAGAACGAUGCCGCCUUCUCCAACGUUGCCUCGUCGACCGGCUACAUCCCGUUCUAUCUCAAGCUCAACUCGCUGCGGAACUUCAAAGUCUGGCUCGGCAUCCGCAAGUACGUGCGGUUCCGCGAGUCGGGCCGCGUCGCCGUCCUCCGCGAUCCCAUCACUCUUGUGGCCCUGUUUUUUGUCCUCAUAUUUGCCCUCAUCAUGAUCUACCGCAUUCUCAUCACCUCGUCGGGCCUCGACGAACUCGCCAUCUUCACCCUCUACGACACGGUCGUCCUCCUCGUCUACUUGCUCUCCAUCGGGCAAGCCGGAAUUUCCCUGACGGCAUUUGUAACCAAGGAGAGUGACAUGCUCCGCAAGCGGAUCAUCCGCCUCGAACAGCGGUGCGACCAACUGCAGACCGCCAUCAUCCGCUGGUCCGACGACUACGACGGUGACAAGCAGUCCGAAAUCGACCGCCACAAGUUGCUCAUCUCCAAGAUGUCCACCGUCGUUGACUCAAACACAUACUCAGAGCCGGUCAAGGUCCUCGGCAUCGCCCUCGAUGCCAACCUCCGCGCCAAGCUCCUUGGCAUCGGCCUCUCCGCAUGUGCCGGUCCGGAGAACGUCGCACCGCUGGUCGAGGCGAACGAUCCGUUUGUGGAGCAGUUCGGUCACCUUGUCCACAAACAUGGUGAGCAGAAUGCCGACCUGCCUGAUGGCAUGCAGCCGCGCCUGGUGCCUGAGCCGAGCUCGAUGGUUGAGCCGCCGAUGGCACACGCCCAGCCUGCAGCUACGUCGGCAGAAGCAGACCGCAGUGCAACGCGCACUGCCGUCGCCGCCCACCCUGCCGUCCGCAGACUGACCCGGUUACUGGCCGAGACCCGGCGGCGGACGGCGGCCGAGGCAACAACCGCGGCUGAGGCACUGGCCGCGGCCGAAACACGCGCUACCGAGGCCGAGGCACGGGCCGCCGAGGCCGAGGCACGGGCUGCCGAAGCCGAGGCACGGGCUGCCGAAGCCGAGGCGCGGGCUGCCGAGGCCGAGGCGCGGACAGCGGCCGUAGCAGCGCGCGAGCAGCCGCUGUGGGCACGGCUCGCCGAGCUGGAAGGCGUGGUAGCUGCGCUUGUAGAAGCAGCGCAGACACAGGCGGCUGUAGCGGAUGGGUAUGGCGAGGCUCUGGGCGCUGCUGCCCAGGCCGAGGCCGACGGUGAGCGGAUGCGUGCGCUGCUGCACGACCGCGACUCUGAGCUGGCACUGCUACGGGCGGUGGUACGGAGCAGGGCAGGAGGGAAAGGCGGCGACGAGGUCGAUGGUGACGACCACGGCUGGUCUCAAUGCGAGUACGAAUACUACGAGUCUGACGAUGGUGAAGCCGGGGAGCCAGCGAGCAUUGAGCCCGGCGACGAGGCCGCGCUGCUGGAGGCCGCGCUGCGGCAGGCUAUCGAGGCCGAUCUCGCGGUGCUGGGCAGCGACGGGGUUUGAGCAACAGAUAGAAUCGUUUUUCGCUAUUCAUUUGGCAGAGACAGCGCCGGUGAUGUCCAACAACACCGUGGCUGUGGCUGCCAGCCCUGAGACAGCGCCAAAGGCCAGCAAGCCCCAUGCACCGGCCCGCCACAGCGGCGAGGUGUUGACGGUGUUGGGCGCGAGAUGGCCAGAACGGAGAAAGAAGAGGGUCGGCAGAAUGUAGACCGAGCACGUGCCUGUUGUGGCCCCGGAUAACGCAAACACGUCUUCGACCGACGGAAUGAGGAUGGCCAUGACAAGGGUGAAGCUGAUGAGGCCUGCGGUG